AUGGCCGUGAGCGUAAAUUUGCGUGACUUCACUUUGCUGCGGGGCACCAGCCUCCGACACAUCCUCCACCGCUGCGGACGUCACUUUAGCAUGGCCAGUCUUGCAGCCCAGACGUACUCGCCUGAAGAGGGCGCGAUGCUGUAUGCCAAGUCGCAGCCCGUGCAGAAGCUCGACUUCUUCAUCAGUCAUAGCUGGCGAGACCAUCGCUUUGGGAAGAUACUGGCGCUAUGGAUCCACAGUAACCUCCAUUUCGCGAUGGCCGUUUCCACGACCGUGGCGGUAAGCUGCGGCGUUUUGGCCCGCGUGGACAUCCUGCCUAGGUAUCAUCCAGAGACCAGUGACGUGGCCUUCUUCCCCUGGGCUUUGUUCCUGGGUUCUGUGACCUUUUUCUGGGCACUGGCCUGUUCGCACCACGUGCAUGUCUACCUCUGGGACAAGAGCUACUUCUUGGAUAAGUUCUGCGUGCACCAGACUGAUCUAGACCUCAAGCAAAGGGGUGUUACCUCCUUUGCGGCCUUUGUCGGGUGCGCCAAUCGUGUCCUCUUGCUGUGGAGUCCACAAUACUUCACCCGCCUUUGGUGCACUUUGGAGGUGGCAGCUCUGGUCAAGGCCAACAGCGGCAAGCCCCUGCCGUUGGACUUCUUGCCCCUUCAGCUCGCGAAGAUAAGCUUCAUCAGCUGGGCCCUGUACUCGAUCACGAUCAGCAUCAUCCAGACCAACAGGCAGCUCAAUCGCCCAAUCCCGGACCUUGUUUUCAUUUUCGUGGUCAUGGCUGUCGCUUCAUACCUGCUAGUAGUCUCACUCCGGCAGUACGGACGCGCACGACAGGCCUUAGAGAAGCAGCUGCGUACCUUCGCUGUGCAGGAGGCUGACUGCUUCAGCUCCUCCGACCGCCGAGCCGUGGAAAAGGCGUUGCUGCGUUGGUUUGCCAACCUGGACGUGUGCAACAAGCACAUUCGUGAAGGAGUCAGCGAUCAAGUGCUCCAGGCUCUGGGUUCCGAGGUUCAUUAUCCCAUGAAGAUGUUGCUGCCCAUUGUGAUGAUCAACUUCUUCUCGGAGGCGGACUACAUUGCUGGACGCUUCUAUGACGAAGACACCCUCUACCGCUUGGCCACCAUGCUGGGCUGGUCUGCCAGCCUGCUUGUUAUCAUUCCGCUGAGCCAUCGCUUGUGCUACUGCUUCUGCGAUGAGCGGAGCUCCCCUUUGCGCGAGGUGCUGCUCAACGUCUCUUUGGGAGCUCUAGUGGCUCUGAUGUGGGUGGUGGCAUUUGUUGUGAACUACCGAAUGGUGGAUUCCCAGGUGCUCUCUGGCUGGCUUCUUCCUCUGCCAGUGUUGGAGUGGCUGGCAUUCUUCUAUCUGCAGCGAGGCAGCUCAGGUGUAACCAAAUUCGUGGAGCAACUCAGCUCAGCAGCCGCUCAGUCCGAGACUGUUUGGAGGGCCCAAAUGGAAGCCAACAAGAAGUUGGCACAAGAGGUCUUUGCCAUGAGAUCAGACAUGAGCAAGUUGGGCCAGUUCCGUGCAAGCUUAGACCAGGCAGUUUCCUUCGUGGACAGCCGCAAAUGA